AUGGAUCGAAGUCAAGCUAAAGACUUCGCUGAUCAAGGCCUAUUACUAUCAGAUAUGCAACGAGUACUCUUCGAGAUUUCACUGAAUACUUCAUUACAAGAAAUGGCUACAUUUGUCGAAAUUGAACAUCGUACAAAAUUUCAGGAAGAACGAGAGGUUUUGUUCGAUUUCAAUACUCUUUUUAAUGUCACUUAUGUUGAAUACGAUCCAUAUGAGCGUAUUUGGAAUGUGAAAAUGAUUGCCAUUCCGAAAAGUUCAAUCAAGGAACAUCCAUAUCUUAGCACUCUACGAGAAAUGUUCGUCAAAAAUCAUUCGGCUACUGUUGCCUUCGGUAUCGCUAUGAUACAUGGUUUUGAUAAAAAGGACCAAGCACUUCAUUAUUUCAAUCAAUUACUACUCACUUUACCAUCUUAUCAUGUUGAUAUGCCAGACAUUUUACAACAACGAGCUAUUUUAUACCAAGAAAAAGGUGAACAUUCAUUGGCUUUAAGUGACUAUGAACGGGCACUUGAAAUUCGUCGUCAACGUGUCCAAGAGAAUUUCUUGGGCAUUGCUUCACUCAACAGUAAUAUUGGUAAUCUUCAAAAAACAACAUCCAAUUUCGAGACAAGUCUAAACAGUCAUCAUGCAGCACUGAGUACUUAUGAACAAUUGUAUGGAACCGAGCAAGACCAUGUAACAAAAGCGAAGGUAAACGAACACAUUGGUUUGACUUAUUAUAGUAGUGGAAAUACACUCAAAGCACUCGAAUAUUUAACGCUUGCUCAAACCGUAUACAAACGAUUUUUGCCUGAAAAACACCUAUUCCAAAUUGAACUUCUUGGACAUAUCGGUACAAUUCAUGAAGCAACAGGAAAUUUAACUUCAGCAGAAAAAUUAUUUCGUCGUCAGCUAAAUUGGAGUGAGACAAUUCUACCAUUAGAUCAUCCUCUACUCAUUACAUUUCUCGAUUCUGUCUUACGCAUUCACAUGAAAAUGAAUCAAACAUUAAAUAUUAGCACGAUAUUCACCGAAUAUUUACAAAAACUCAACAAAACGCUGGGUCCACAGCAUCCUGC